AUGAAGUUCCUUACGCUAUUUGCGCUGAGCGCAACAGCUUCUACUGCCUUGGCUGCUGUUAUUCCUCAGGCACCUCUAGCUCAAUCAGUUAUCCAAACCUCUCAGCAGGCUAAAUGGCUUAUCGAGCUAGCUCCGUACACCACGCGAUGGGUGACCGAGGAGGAGAAAUGGGCUUUGAAAUUGGAUGGCAAGAACUUCAUCGACGUAACUGAGGAGUUCCAGUCGGGAUCGUACGGCGCCCUGCAUACCCAGCGCGUGGUCCGAUACCCCGGAAAGAUGGCGCACCAGGAGGCCGUGGACCCGUUGUCAAAAGGUCUAUCAAAAGACAAUAUGAAGAAGAACUUGGAGCAUUUCACCUCCUUCCACACCCGCUACUACAAGUCCGAUUAUGGCAUCCAGUCCGCUGAAUGGCUCUUUGAGCAGGUUGCUGGCGUUGUAAAGAGCUCAGGCGCGACCGAGUAUGGCGCGACUGUCGAGAAAUUCGCUCACACAUGGGGCCAGUUCAGCAUCAUCGCGCGCAUUCCCGGCAAGAGCAACAACACCGUUGUUCUGGGUGCCCACCAAGACAGCAUCAACCUCUUCUUCCCGUCCCUCCUGGCUGCCCCAGGCGCCGAUGACGAUGGCAGUGGUACUGUCACUAUCCUUGAAUCUCUCCGGACUCUGCUGCAGUCCGAAAUUAUUUCUCAAGGAGAAGCACCCAAUACCAUCGAGUUCCACUGGUACUCUGCCGAAGAGGGUGGUCUGCUGGGCUCUCAGGCCGUGUACGCCAAAUACAAGAAGGAUCGACGUGAGAUCAAGGCUAUGCUGCAGCAGGACAUGACAGGUUAUGUUCAGGGUACUCUGGAUGCUGGGCUGAAGGAGUCGGUCGGUGUCAUUGUCGAUUACGUCGACACGGGUCUCACCUCGUUCAUCAAAGAGGUCAUCACCACUUACUGUGACAUCCCCUAUGUCGAGACUAAGUGCGGCUACGCCUGCUCCGAUCACGCCUCAGCCAGUCGCUACGGCUACCCAUCUGCUUUCGUGAUCGAGUCCCAGUUUGAGAACUCGGAUAAGAAGAUUCACUCCACUGAUGACCAGAUCAAGUAUCUGAGCUUCGACCAUAUGUUGCAGCACGCUAAGAUGAGCUUGGCGUUUGCAUACGAGCUUGCAUUUGCUCCUUUCUGA